CAAUUACAAGCAGUAGGGUUGAGAAUGAUGAGCCUGAACAGUGAAAUAUUAGUAAAAUGAAAUAUUUUUGAGGGGAACCUCCUGAAAAAGUCCUUUGUUCUCUGUACCCCAGUUUGGGUGACACAAUAUCAGUUAAUUUGGUCAUGCUCUUUUGAAAAAUUCAGAUGUAGAGAUAUGUGUCAGUAAAUCAGUUCAGCUUAUAUAACUUGGGCUGCAAGUUUUCAUUAUUAAUUACUCUGUUUAAUUGUUGUUGUUGAUGUCGUUGGUUUUUAACAAAUUACAGAUAAAUUGUUGUCUAAAAAAGAGAUAGAAAAAAGUGAAAUAGAAUGACAUUUUCCUAGAGCCCAAGGUGACGUCGUCUUCAAAUGUCACGUUUUGUCUAGCCGACAGUCCAAAACCCAAAGUUUUACAACAAUAUAAAAAAGAGAAAAUCCUCACAUUUGAGAAGCUUUCAUGUGGAAAUUACUCAGGGUUAGGAUUACAUAAUCUGCAGCGAUACAGCAGAAAGUAUCACUUUGUACUGUAGGUCACCCUGAUAGUUUAAUGUCAUCACUGGGCUAUUGACAUAAAGUUGUUCCAUUUUUAGCAUCAUUUUGGCCCAGUCAGGCUCAGCCACCUACGCUGAUUCAUCCAAAAUCACCAGUCUGUUGCAAGCGGUGGACUCUAAAUGGUGUGAGUGGGAGGAGAGAUGAAGGGGACAGCAGAGGGGUCAGAGGGUAAAAGUGAAGGAAAGUCACUGAACUAGGCUUGUUCAAGUGACACUGGACUUUGAGAAUGACAAGUGCACAACCUGAACACAGGCAAGGAUAAAGGCAGAGGAGGAAAUUUAUACAAUAGUGAAUAAAAUCCACGGAAAUAAACCAAGAGAGGAGGAGGAGCUGUGCAGUGGAUUUGGAUCUUUAAAGAAUUUAUGUUUUGUCUAAAUGGAGGAGGAUCUCAGUGGGACACGUAAUGAUGUGUGCAGCGGUGCGGCAGAACUGGGUCACGAGGAAGUGGAGAGAAAAAGACACGAAGAGAAAGAGAGAGAAAACACUGACAGCUACCAAGUCCACAGGAUAGAGGAACUGUGCAUGUUCACGUUAUCCUGCAAAACCUCCAGCCACCAUUUUCAUCAGGGAGUUUCCACUGCAUGCCUCAAGCUCCUCUGUUUCUGCAUGUCCAUUCAUCACAAAGGGCUUCAAUUUAUAGCACACAUUUAACUUUUAUUUUUACACAACACUUAUUAAAAGAUUGAUAACCACGGUCUAAACAGUAUGACAUGCUCUGCAGAAAUAGCAAAUUCCUUUUUUCCCAUUAUAGAUUAAUAGAAAUCUACCAUGUCAUGUUCCUCCUUUCUUCACCUCGCCCUCCAGUCUUCCUCCCCACCCCUCCCCUCUCUCUCUCUCUUUCAUCCUCACCUCUUCACUCCUGUUGUACCGUUAGCAGCGACCUUGUCUGUCAGGCUCUCCUCUCAUUCUCCUUACCUCUUGUCUUUACUCUCCCCUCCCCUGCAGUGGCAGAAAUUGCAGACUUGACCGGCUGUGACAUCCUUUAAAAUGGAUGCCAUUGUACUGGCUCCAAGUAUUCAGCACAGCUCGCAUCAGGCGCUACUCUGAGGUGAUGACACUGCCGGACUCUUUCAUCCAGCGCCAGCAGCUGGACGCCAGCAUGGCUGACACUUUCCUGGAGCAUCUCUGUUUACUGGACAUCGACCAGGAGCCAAUCACAGCGCGCAACACCAGCAUAAUCUGCACCAUUGGUCCUGCCUCCCGAUCAAUCCCCAAACUCCAAGAGAUGGUCAAGGCAGGAAUGAAUAUUGCCCGUCUAAAUUUCUCUCACGGCUCACAUGAACACCACGGUGAAACCAUCAAAAACAUCCGAGAGGCAGUGGAGACGUUAACUUCUGACCCCUUGUAUUAUCGGCCGGUUGCCAUCGCCUUGGAUACGAAGGGUCCAGAGAUCCGCACCGGAUUAGUGAAAGGGGUUUCACACACAAAGAUGAUUUCCUCAAAACAACUAAAAGUAGAGGAGGAGGUGGAGCUGGAAAAGGGCAGUCAUGUCCGAGUGGUGACAGCAGAGAGUGAUAAAGACAAGACAGACGGGAACAUUAUCUGGGUGGACUAUCCCAGCCUGCCCAAAGUCAUCAAGAAGGGAGGCAAGAUCUACAUAGAUGACGGCCUCAUUGGACUCAAAGUACUAGAAACAGGCUCCGACUGGGUGGAUACGGUGGUAGAGGCUGGUGGGGUGCUGUGCAGUCGUAAAGGCGUUAACCUCCCUGGCUGCGACCUGAUCGGCCUGCAGGCGGUCAGCAAGCAAGACGAGGCUGACCUGAGGUUUGGGGUGGCCCAGGGCGUGGACAUGGUGUUCGCCAGCUUCAUCCGCUCUGCCCAGGAUGUCAAAGAUGUGCGGCGAGUUCUGGGGGCACCCGGACGAGAUAUCAAAGUGAUCAGCAAGGUGGAAAGCAGGCAAGGGGUUCAGAAUUUUGAGGAGAUCCUGGCUGAGAGUGACGGCGUGAUGGUUGCCAGGGGCGACCUCGGGAUUGAGAUCCCGGCGGAGAAAGUCUUCAUCGCCCAGAAGAUGAUGAUUGGACGUUGCAACUCUGCUGGCAAGCCUGUCAUCUGUGCCACACAGAUGCUGGAGAGCAUGGUGGCCCACACACGGCCAACCAGAGCGGAGAGCAGUGAUGUCGCCAACGCUGUGCUGGAUGGAGCCGAUUGUGUAAUGUUAUCUGGGGAGACCGCCAAGGGACUGUUUCCUGUGGAGGCAGUCGCAAUGAUGCACUCGAUCUGCAGGGAGGCAGAGGCAGCCAUUUUCCACCAACAGCUGUUUGAAGAGUUGCGUCGCCUCACUCCUCUCUCCUCUGACCCCACAGAGGUCACAGCCAUUGGAGCUGUAGAGUCCUCCUUCAAAUGCUGUGCUGGAGCCAUCAUUGUCCUCACCACCAGUGGCAAGGCAGCACAUCUCCUGUCUAGGUACCGCCCUCGAUGUCCUAUUAUUGCCAUCACCAGAAGCCCUCAGGUGGCCCGUCAGUCUCAGCUGUUAAGAGGAGUGUUUCCUGUCCUCUUCCACCCGCUGCCUGCUCCUGUCUGGGCUGAUGAUGUAGACAACAGGGUCAACUUUGGCAUGGAUAUAGGAAAAGCAAGAGGAUUCUUCAAGUCAGGCGACAUGGUGAUUGUUGUGACAGGCUGGAUCCCAGGGUCGGGUCACACUAACAUUAUGAGGGCAGUCACGGUCCCGUAACAACCCUACCUUACUUGACUGAGAGCCAGUGUUAAAGCCUCUUUAACGCAGAUAUAAUGUAUAAAUGUGAUGAAAACCUGAGAACCUUUAAUAAAAUCAAAACCACUGUCACUGAUAGAUUAACAAAAGCAUUUUUGACAGCAGCAUCAUUGUUAUUUAAACUCAAGGUUAUGGUAAGGAAACACUUGUAAUUGGUCUCACAAAUGUUGAAUUUGUGUUGAACAUGCCUUGAAAGCUGAAAUACUCCCUCCAAAUAAAACUUGAAUCAUUAACUUGAA